AAGCUGAUUCAGUUCCUACCUAAAAAUGGAAUUGGGCCCAUACGUUCCAUUGGAAUCGACCAACUGUACGUUGGAAUCAUUUCUAGGAUGUGGGUCAUUCGGCUACGUCUUUCAGGCGGUUAAUGAACGGGGAAAGGUCUCCGCCGUGAAGAUAAUAUUCUUUGAGACCUCCGGUAAAACGCUGGAGGAGCAGGAAGCUGAGAAACUCCGACUUUCUCGUGAGUACAAACUAAUGGCUGGAAAAAAACAUGACAAUUUAGUCGAAAUCCUGAAAUCAACCCAUAAACCGUUCACUGUAGAAGAUAUCCAAGCUUUGCUGGACAUUCCAUGCAUUCAAGAUAGAGAUGACGUUCGAGCAACCCUUCGAUUCAGAUCGUUUCAAGCUGAGGAAAGGAAGCAAAUUCCUACUCUCUGCAUCCAAAUGGAGCUAUGCGGCAAGACGUUGCGUCACUGGUUAAACAUUAAUAAUGAGAUUGACAACCCAAACUUGCGUUCAGUUCGUCGGAACAUAGUUAAGGACAUGUACAACGGUCUAAAGUAUCUUCACCUUAAUAAAAUCAUUCAUCGUGACUUCCGCCCUGAAAAUAUUAUGUUUUCGUUCUCUUCGACGGGGGGAGAAGAGUUCGCAUUUCCAAUUAAACUGGGAGAUUUCGGACUAUGCAGAAAGGUCCAUAGUGAACACACUGUAACUGACACACUAACCCCUUUUGUAGGCAGUGUAACGUAUCGUGCUCCUGAAACUAAUUUUACGGAUUACAGCAUUCCAGCAGAUUUGUACUCGUUUGGUUUAGUAUCUUGGGAAAUUCUUCAGAUAAUUAAGCAGAAGGAUACGAGAUCGAUGUUCCACAGGCUGGUUCAUGAUUCGCAAAAACAUCUUGUUAUUGAGGCAGACUGGUGGUUUCCAAGGUGGGCAGAACUCAUUAUCAAGCUUACUAAAAGGCGGGUUCAAGAUAGAAUUCAAGUCUGUGAUGAAAUAUUGCUAAUGGAUGCUAUUAAGUCUGAAGUUACUGUAGAGUCACAUAAGCAAUUAUCUGCCAUCCAAGACUCCUUGGUUCCAGGAUAUAUCGUAAAUAUUAAUAUUAAGGAUGACACAAGCAAAUUUUACUAUUUUAAAGUUGACAAUGUUACGUACAAUGGAGUUAAUUCCACCAGCCUUCAACAUUUGAGGUUAGAAAUUGGCGGAAAUUCUUGUACAAUUAAAAAUCUUACGUUGGAGUCUUUACGCAUACAAAGUAAUAAUUGUAUUGUCAGUAAUGUAAUUUGUGACCAGGUGGAUGUUGAUGGAGAUGGAAACCAAUUGAGUAACGUUGAAACUUUGCACAUGGGUGAAGCUGUAGGCAAUUCCGGCUUCGGUAUUUCUAUAUGGGGGGAAAAUAAUACUUUAGAAUCGUUCAAAUGUUGUAAUACCCUUGCUAAAGUGAUAGAAAUCCAUGUACGCAGCAUACUCCGUCAGAGUGUUGACUGGGAAGCUUUUGCCCAACGAUUUGGUCCCGUAUGCAUUUAUUUCUCAAAAUCCAGCGAUUCAUGUACAAUUAAAAACGCCAAUAUACGCAAUGCCUUCAUAAGUGGAACAAGGCAUGGUUUGCUAGACAUUGAGUGCAAUAAUGUGAUUCAGAUUAAUGGGUUAGAUCACAGUAUCAAGAGCUCAGAUGCCGUUAACCUCAUUGAUAAUUCGAAAAGGAGCUUAAUAAGGCUAGAUUUGUGCAAAAAAUAAACAUAGACGGAGAAAGUACCCAUAUGAAUAUAUUUACGUGUUAAGCCAAAAAGUGUUUUCAAUUUCAUGUAUUAAAACAUGUAUAUAUAAUUAUCAGUAAAAAUUAAAUAUUCAAUUUUUAAAAUACGUACAUAAUUUGAAUUGUUUAUUUUACUCCAUAUUCAUUGAUCAUUGAAUAUGCAUUUUUUAAUGGUAAAACAAUUGACAUUGUAAAUAUUAUUCAAAUUAUGUAAUCCUAUCACUCUUUCAUUGCACACUCAUCUUCUGGCACAUACUCGA